AUGUCAGAGCAAGAUUCAGGAGCCACUCGUGUAAAAUUGGUAGUUGUUGGUGAUGGUGCAGUCGGAAAGACUUGCCUCUUGAUCAGUUAUGCUCAAAACGAAUUCCCAACAGAGUACGUACCAACCGUCUUUGAAAAUUAUACAGCCAGCAGAAAGAGAGGUGAAGAAGACAUCAAGAUUCAUCUCUGGGAUACUGCAGGUCAAGAAGAAUAUGAUCGUUUAAGACCACUUUCAUACCCAGGCGCAGAUGUUGUAUUACUUUGUUUCAGUACUAUCAGUCAAGCUUCAUAUGAAGCCAUCAGAGACAAGUGGGCACCAGAAGUUAAUCAUUAUAUUCCAGAUGUACCACAUAUUUUAGUUGGUACCAAGGUUGAUUUGCGUGAAGCUCAACACCCAGAUCCAAACUCUGGCAAGUUUGAACCAGUCACCCCAGAUAUGGGUCUUUCCAUGUCCAAGCAAAUCAAGGCUGCCAGCUACUUGGAGGUAUCUGCAAAGACCCGUCAAGGUUUGGAAGAGAUUUUCAACGCUGCCAUCGAUUUGGUUCUUAGCUCUCGAGGUAUCGAAAAGAAGAAUGAUGCCUCUACCCCAUCCUCUGCCACCACUGACAGAAAAGACAAGUCAAAGAGCGGCGGCAAGAAGAAGUCUUCAUGUAUCAUUUUAUAA